AUAGAUUGCAUAGCAGCAGAUGGGAGUUCUAUGAAUACAUUUUAUCAGGCGGGUCGUGAUCUCCUCAGAACUUUCCCUUAUGUUGUUUUGUUUGCCGUUUUUUGUUUAUCAGAGAACCGUUUCAACAUUAAAUAUAAAUAAUAAACAUAUAUACGAGUAGAAAGAAGGGUGGUUUAGCCAUUGGGUCAGAAUUCACCCAAUUGUUAAUCAGAGAUGAAGUGCGUAGUUUGUGUUAUUGCUGUGGUAGCUCUAAGCUACAUAUACGUUGCAGAAAGUGGAGUUUGGCGGGGUGUCCGGUUCGAUAAAAAAUAUCAUCCGCCAAGAUCUUGUGAAAAAGUUAUAUGUACCAAAAAUCGGCGCAGUGAGCUUACGGUGUAUAAUUGCGAUGAGAGAGUUGUAUGGGGAUGCGAAGAUGCAGGUUACGUUAAUAUAUCCAAGAAUUACCCCGAGUGUUGUUUGAGAAAAUUCAUUUGUAAAAGGGAUGGUAAAGAGAAAAUAAUAGAAAUUUAAUCUUUCCAUCAAUUUAAAGUAACUUAUUGGUAAGCUAUGCUUGUAUGACCCAAUGAUGUGUUAUGAUAGUUUAAUAAAAUGAUUAAGAACUGAAAACAAAUGUUGAA